UGUCACACACGAUGCUCACUGAAUUCUCAGAGCUACAAGAGACCCUGAAGUCCCGUAAAAGGAGGACAUUUCAAUAAUUCAGCUUUUGUAGAAAGAAUUUUUCUUUUUUCGGCCGGCCCGGGCCUCAGGCAUCUCGUCCCCGCAGUGGCGGCCCUCACGGACCUUUCGGCUGGAGGACAGCGGGCCCAGCGUCGGCCUCAGCUCCAGCCCCCAAUCCCUAGCCCCUGGUCUCACGGACAGCUAAAAGAUGUCACGGCCUGAACCUGCUGCGAGACCUCGUGGGGCAGACAUUGGGAGGGAGGGUGAUUUGGAUUUCAGCCAGAGAGGAACCCAAGUGACCCUGGCGAGCAAGGCCAAGGCCAGGCCUUUGAAGAAAGACACUGCCGGGAUGCAGUCUCCGAAGGUAGUGAGGGGCAGGGUGCCCUCCAUCCCUUGCCGGCGGACACCAAGUAAAGGCCACCCCCUUCCAAGUCAGCUCGGGUACACCUGGAACCGUGGGGGCCGCUUAAAAGAACUGCGCAUCAGGUGUCUGGCCAGAAAGUUCUUCUCCUUGUGGGCGCAGCAGACCUUUGGGAGGGUCCUGCCCUCCAGAGCCAGGCAGCACUAUGAGGCGGGGCUCCUGCGGAGGACCUUUGAGGACUGGAAAGAAGAGUGGUGGGUCUUACGGCGAGAGUGGAAACUCCGGGUUCGAGCGGAUUGCCACUACAGAUAUUCCUUGUACAACCUGAUGUUCCAAGCCUGGCAGACCUAUGUUAGUCAGCAACGAGACAAGAAGAACAAGUACCGCAGAGCUGAGGAACAUGCGGCCAAGCAGAAGCUGCGGCCGGUCUGGAAACACUGGCUCAUCUAUGUGGACGUUCGUCGGACCAAACGUGAGAUGCGCACCUUGGCGCAGGACUUCAGGCAGCAGAGUCUUCUUCGAGUGCCAUGGAGACUGUGGAGGCGACAGGGGCAGACGAGCCGCCUGGGCCGCGUGAUGGACGCCUUGGCCCUGCAGCACUGGGGCGUCAGCCUGCAGUUCUGGGCAUGGUCUCGGUGGCAGAAGCAAUUUCUGCACAUGCAGAUUAUUAGAAAGAAGGAAACCAAGGCAGUCUGGCACUAUGAAUGUCACGAAAGACAGAGGGCCCUGAAGGCGUGGAGAGUCUAUGUCCAGAGCCGCAGAGAGAAGCGGAGCCAGGCCCAGCUGGCUGGACGAUUGCACUGUGCCGCCGUGGUGCGCACCAGCUUCUUGGUUUGGCGAGCAGCCUGGGAGGACAGAAAGUGCCUUCACGCGCACCAGGCGAGGAUUGAGGAGCUGGCGGCCCGGAUCGCCCUGAGGCAGGCCUUCGAGCACUGGAAACACUACAUGCUGAUUUCUGCUCAGGGGGCUGCCUCGUGGGACAUGGCAGAGAAACACCAUCGGCGCUGGCUGCUGCUCAGCUGCUUCAGGGCCCUGAAGGAGAAUGUGAAGAAUUCCCGUCUCUCCCGGUUAAGGAAGAAUCUGGCUCACAGGCAGCAUCAGGCCAUGCUUUUGCAGAGGUUCUGGCACUGCUGGUGUGCCCGAGCUGAACAGAGAGAGGAUGAGAAGCAGCUGCCCCGGCUCCUCUGUGCUCACAGCCACUACAGGGAAGCCCUGUUGCGUAAGUGCCUCCAGCUGUGGUCACAGAAUGCCCGGGGAAGCAGACGCGAACAGAUGCAGUCCACCAAAGCCCAUCGCCACUAUCGGAGCAGAAACCUGUCCAUCCUCUUUCAGGCCUGGAGAAGCUUCAGCCACCAGCGGCGGGAGCAGAGGCUGAGGCGGGCAGAGGCUUCAAGCUUUCACAGGGAGAGGGUGCAGAGGUGGGCAUUUGAUGCAUGGUGGCAGAGGGUGCGUCUUCAGCAAGAAGCCCGACAGUCAGAGAGAACGGCCGUCCUCCAUGCCGAACAGCGGGUGCUCCGGCAGUCCUGGGCCAUGUGGCGCCGGCGGGCCGCUGAGCUUUCCAUGGAGAGAGGGGGGCAGGCCACCGCGCGUGCCCAUUACCGCCACAGGCAGCUGCAGAAGGCUUUCCAGCUAUGGAAGCAGAACCUUCAGGCCCUCCAAGCCCAGCAGGCUGGAGAGGUGAGGGCUGCGGUGUUCAGCUCACGUCUGCUCGUGCGUGUGACCUGGAUCAAGUGGCGAGAGUACGUGGCCCUCCAGAAUGUGAAGUGGGAGAAGGUGGCCCUAGCGGAUCGCCAUUACCGCCAGAUGCUGCUGCGCAGGGCCUUGGCCGCAUGGAUGACUUACCAGGGCAGGGUUCAAGCCGUGCUGUGCCAGGUGGCAGAGAGAGAGGAGCAGCAUCACCAGGAGCUCUUGCGGUGGGUGUUUCACCUCUGGAGGGAAAACGCCGUGGCCCAGAGGGAGGAGGCCAGGAAGACGCUCCAGGCUGAGAAGCACUACCGAAGAACCAUCCUUUGGAAGGUGGCCAUGCAUUGGAGGGACACGGUGUCCCUUAGGAUAUACUGCCGGCAGCAGGAAGACAAGGCCGUCACAGAAGCCAGGAAGCAGUUGGAGCGAGGUCAUCUCCGAGCCUCAUUCAGGCACUGGCGGGAAUGUGGCCGGAGAGCUUCCCUGCAGAGAGCCCAGCUGGGGCGGGCUGCACGACACCACGGGACAAGGCUCCUGAGGGCCUGCUUGGCCCGCUGGAAGAAGUACCACUUACAGUGUAUCCGGAAGAUGCUCCUGCAGAGGCAGGGCGCCCUGCUGAUGGCACGCAGACUCAGCCACUCCUCCUUCUACACAUGGAAGCGCCAGUUUGGGGAGAGGCAGUGGGAGCAGCAGGCCACCACUCGGGCUCUCUGGCUUUGGUCCUUCACGCUUCAGGGAAAGGUUUGGGAUGCGUGGCUGGGGUUCGUGCUGGUGCGGCGGAGGAAGAAGGCCCGGCUGGAGCAGGCCGUGCUGGCCUACCAUGGUAGCCUGGUGCGAGAGGGCGUCACCCGCCUCCUGAGGUUUGUGGCUGACAUGAAGAGCUUCCGGGGGCAUCUCCGUGCCCAGCAGCAGGCCCAGGUGGCCCACAAUUUGCACCAGGUUGUACGCCGGUGUGCCAUGCUCUGGAAACACAAAGCCUUGGUCAAGGACGGCUCCUGCUCCCUGGGAGCCACGUCCCAGAGGAGAGUGACAUUCGAGGUCCCUGUUGCUGACACCACGCCUGCCGCGGCCGCCGGAGAAGCUGCCUUGGCUCCUCAGAGGCCCCACAAGCACUGGGGCUGGCCCCUUCUGCUGGCUUCUGGAGACCCCCACCUCCCUGACCUGAAUGUCGUCCGGCCCGUGAGGAAGCAGCCCCGUCGUCCCGACUUCCUCCUGGACUCUGUGGAGAGGGACGACUCUGCUGGAUGCCUGUGCCCUGGGAUUUUGGCAGAAAUGGCUGCGCCCCUCCUCCCUGCCCAGCCCAGCCCCUCUGCCACUCUGCUGGCACCAGGACCCAGCAUGAGGACCUGUGCAGAAUCCAGGAGCCCCCCGAAGGCUCCUGGCCACGGGCCCCUCCACACUGAGGCUACUCUGCCUGCCCCGUCCUCCAUGGCCAGUGCCCGAGACCUGAGAAAAAGUCCUGCAGUUGGGACAGGAGCCUCUGAGCCGGGCCCCCAAGGAGCCGAAGAGAUUGUUGCCGAGACGGGGCGUCCACAGCCGGGCAGCCGCCUGCUUCUUCCCGAGGACUUGUUGGGGAGCAAGGGGAGGCCCAGGCUGGGCCUGGCAGCUCCAGGGGGCACCCAGGCCGACGUGGAAAGGAGGGCGCUGGGCAUCCUGGGAGAUGGUGGAGCGCUCGAGGCCGAACUCCAGGAGAUCCAGGAGAAGUUGUUCCGUUACCAGGCCAACAAGCAGCACCUCAGGUCCUGGCAGAGACAGGCGAGCAGCCUACGGAAGUGGUUAGAGCUGAGCAUGGAGGACCCCAGGCCAGAGGAGGAGGAGGCAGGACAGCAGGUUCAGCAAGAACUUCACCAGGUGGAGAAGCAGAUCGCCCGUCUCUUGGAAGAACUGCGAGCGGAACGGCAGCAGGUGCGACGGUACAUGGCCCGCAUCCAGGUCCUGAGGGCCGCCUUCUCGUAGCUGCAGGAGCAGCACGUUCCUCUCCCUUCCCCCUCCCUCCUCAGGCACUGCAUGUGCUCGCUUUGGAGUGAAGAUGUAAGACACCAGGCACACAAUCAGCGGCUGCAAAUGUAUUUUUUUAUUUGAAAAUGUUU